CAUAUUGAAAUACAAGAUAAUGAUGUAAACUUUCCAUUUUUAUUUCCAACUCCCGCAUCACACAACUCCGGUCAUGUUCUAAUGACUGUUUCCCGUUCCAGUGCCCGUGAACCCAGAGUUUUGAGUCCGACU